AUGGGCACCAUUCUGAGUAUGACUUGGACUGGCUAAGAGUCCAAAACAGAGCUGAGGACAUCCCUGCAGAGAUAUUGUGGUCUGGGGACAUGUCUGCACAUGUUGAGUAUGUUUACAGCAUCAGAUGUCAAAUCAAAAGAAGGAAUAACUCGACUGAUCAAGUCACUCUUGGAUUAUGGAGUUGGCUUUGUUACAAAUGUGAAACAUAAUAUACAAUCAACAGAAGAAAUAAUUAGAUGUAUUGGACCACCCCAGAAGACACUAUUUGGGACCAUGUGGGAGUUCACCAACAAGAUGGAACACUUGGACUCAGCGUAUUCCAAUAUAGCAUUGGGCGCUCAUACUGAUACGUCCUACUUCAUCGAGCCCGCAGGGUUGAUAAUAUUUCACUGCAUGGAGAGGAACUGUGAAGGAGGAAAGACACUCUUAGUGGAUGGAUUCCGAGCUGCAAAAGAAGUUGAAUUGGAGUCACCAGAUUUAUAUCACUGUUUGAAAAACGUUCUUACUGAGUUCCAAUACAUAGAGAAAGGUUAUCAUUUAACUUCCCUAAGCACCAUGAUACAGCAUAGUCUAAAUGGUAGAAUUAAUCAAAUAAGAUACAACCUGUAUGACCGCAGUGCGCGGCAACCUCUGCAGAGUGUGCUGUUCUACCGGUCACUGCGACGGCUAGCAGCGGCGGUGCGUAAGCCCAAGGCAGAGUGGUGGCUCACAUUGGAACCAGGCACCGUAGUUUUCAUCAACAACUGGCGUGUAUUGCAUGGGCGUUCAGCUUUCUAUGGUCAGCGCACCAUGGGUGGAGCUUAUCUUCACAUGGGCAACUUCCUCAGUAGGGCUCGCUCUUUAGCGCUCAUUACAUAACUUGUCUUAAUGAAUUUAUAAACAACAAAUACACAUUUCUAUGGUAAUA